AUGAAGCUCGAUUCGCUCGCCAGGGCCGCAGUCUCGCUCGGCGGCGAAGACAGGGACCUGCCGUCAUCGCACAUGGUCCACAGGAAGGCUGGGAAGAGCGGCAAGGCCAGGAAGAGCGUGAAGAGCGGAGAGGCCCCGGCGGCGUUCCCGGCGGCUGCCUCUAGCUCCGAGUCGAGCCGGCGCGCGGAGCGGCGCGGCGGAAACGGACGUGGGCGGGUUAAGCGCGAGGUCGAGUGCGAGCCGUAUGGGCCGGUGGGGCGCGGGGCUAGUGGCGAUGGCGACGAUGAGCAGCGGCAUGACGAUGGGGCCGAGAGCGGCGGCGGCGCCAAUGAGACCGCCAAGGGAGGUUCCGACGGGGCGUCGCUGCGGCGGGCUAUGGAGGAGCUGAAGGAGCUGGAAGACUCGGUCCACAACAUCAAGGACUUGACAGAGGCACAGCGGGCGCGUCGGCGGAAGAUCCAGAACCGGAUCGCAGCGCAUCGUCUGCGUGUGCGGAAAAAGGGCCGCAUCGCGCAGCUCGAGGUGGAGAACUCGACGUAUCGCGACCGCAUCCGCGAGUUGGAGGCCAUCAUCAUUGCCGAGUCGCGCGAAGGCCAGGUGACCUCGCUCAAGCAGCACAUCGACGACCAGGCUGCUCGAAUCACCCUUCUGGAGACCUCGCUCGGGGUCGGGAGCCGUGGCGGCGGCGCAGCAGACACGGCGCCUCCCGCCACCGAUCUCGCCGCCGACCUCGCCAAGGCCCGGAUCCGGGUGACUGAGCUUGAGGCGCUCGUCGCGCACCAGGCGCUCACCAUCCGCAAACUGGAGAAGGACGCCAAGUCGGCACAGUUGUGA